CCCAGAGGGCCGGUGGGUGCCACGGAGUCGCUGGUCCCAGCCGGGGCGCACCGCUGGGUCCUAGAGGCGAGACGAGCGGGGGAGGACGCGGGCAGUUCUGCCCCAGGGGAGCCGAGAAGCCACGCGGCGCCCGCCGAGGCCCCUCAGAGCGCCCUGCUUGCCUCUCGAACGUCAGCCCGUCUCCCUUAGGGCGCGGGCGCCCCGGGCCGCCGGGGGCCGCCAAGCUGGGGGGGCGCCCCAGCUGCGAGGAUCCGGGCUGCCCGCAGGACGAGGAGCGGGCGCCCAGGAUGGGAUGCAUGAAGUCCAAGUUCCUCCAGGACAGAGGCAAGGUCUCGAAAACGGAGCACAGUGCCCCGCACAGCCCUCUGUAUGUGCCAGAUCCUACGUCUGCGGGCAAGCGGCGGCCUGGCAACAGCAAGGACAACCCACCAGGGCCACUGGAGGAUCCUGAUGACACCACCGUGGUUGCCCUGUAUGACUACAAGGCCAUUCACCACGAAGACCUCAGUUUCCAGAAAGGAGAUAAAAUGGUGGUCCUGGAAGAGUCUGGAGAGUGGUGGAAGGCUCGAUCCCUGGCCAGUGGGAAAGAAGGCUACAUUCCAAGCAACUACGUUGCCCGUGUCAAUUCUCUGGAGAUAGAGGAGUGGUUCUUCAAGGGCAUCAGCCGGAAGGAUGCAGAGCGCCAACUCCUGGCCCCGGGCAACAUGCUGGGCUCCUUCAUGAUCCGGGACAGCGAGACCACCAAAGGAAGCUACUCUUUGUCGGUGCGAGACUACGACCCCCAGCAGGGGGACACGGUGAAACAUUACAAGAUCCGGACCCUGGACAGUGGGGGCUUCUACAUCUCUCCACGGAGCACCUUCAGCACCCUGCAGGAGCUGGUGGCUCACUAUAAGAAGGGGAGUGAUGGCCUCUGCCAGAAGCUGACGGUGCCCUGCGUGUCCUCCAAGCCCCAGAAGCCAUGGGAGAAGGAUGCCUGGGAGAUCCCGCGGGAAUUACUCAAGCUAGAGGAGAGACUUGGAGCCGGGCAGUUUGGGGAAGUCUGGAGGGCCACCUACAACAAGCACACCAAGGUAGCCGUGAAGAUGAUGAAGCCAGGGAGCAUGUCUGUGGAGGCCUUCCUGGCGGAGGCCAACCUGAUGAAGACUCUGCGGCAUGAUAAGCUGGUGAAGCUGUAUGCAGUGGUCACCCAGGAGCCCAUCUACAUCAUCACGGAGUUCAUGGCCAAAGGAAGCCUGCUGGACUUCCUGAAAAGUGUAGAGGGCAGCAAGCAGCCAUUGCCAAAGCUCAUCGACUUCUCAGCCCAGAUUGCAGAAGGCAUGGCCUUCAUCGAGAAGAGGAACUACAUUCACCGAGACCUCCGAGCCGCCAACAUCCUGGUCUCUGCGUCCCUGGUAUGCAAGAUUGCCGACUUUGGCCUGGCGCGUGUCAUCGAGGACAAUGAAUACACUGCCCGGGAAGGGGCCAAGUUCCCCAUAAAGUGGACAGCUCCUGAAGCCAUCAACUUUGGCUCUUUUACCAUCAAGUCAGACGUCUGGUCCUUUGGUAUUCUGCUGAUGGAGAUCGUCACCUAUGGCCGGAUCCCUUACCCAGGGAUGUCAAACCCUGAGGUGAUCCGGGCACUGGAGCAUGGAUACCGGAUGCCUCGACCUGAGAACUGCCCAGAGGGACUCUACAGCAUCAUGACGCGCUGCUGGAAGAACCGCCCCGAGGAGCGGCCCACCUUCGAAUAUAUCCAGAGCGUGCUGGAUGACUUCUACACGGCCACCGAGAGCCAGUACCAACAGCAGCCAUGAUGGGUGGGACCCGGGCAAGGCCAGGUACCCAGCUGAUGCCCAAGUGGUGGGUCCCGCGCCCUCUGCCUGGCACCUGCUUGCCCCUCCCACUCCUGGACACCCACCCUCCUCCCAGCCACAGUGCCUCAUCUGCCAAGCAGGGGGGCUGAACUGGACAGUCUCUUUUUGACUCUAGCCAUCUCCAAUCUGUCAUCCUCAGGAGAGCCAAAGCUGAUAUUUCUUCUCGUGCCUGGGACAGCUGGAUUCCGGUUACAGCUGUGGUUUGGAUGGGAAACUUUAAAAAAUCAUGAAAUAAAUAUUUAAAUAAAAGAUA